AAUCUAUAUGUAAACAAUUACGUAUAUUACCUUAGGUAGUAGUUUACGUUCCCAACCCUGUUGUCAGCGUGAACGUCGAAAACACCAUGCAAAUGCACCCUAAACCACAACUUCUAUUCGAAUUUUUCAUGUCAUUUUUUUUGAAAGAAAUAUAGAAAUACGAAAACGGUAAAAAAGAAACAAUAAUGAAUUGUCAAGAAAUUGAUUUAGCUUCAGAUGUCCCUGUGGAAAAGAAAUUGGACUUUAAAGCUCUGAGAGAAGAAUUAUUGGUUGCUAAUGGAAAUUCAACUCAGAAAAAAAAUAAACAUGUGUCUAAAGAAAAAAUGAAAAAUCUAGAAAUAUUGAGAACGGAAUUAAAACAAUUGGAAGAUCCUCCUGUGUCCAAAUCGGAGAAAGAUUUAAUGUCAGCUAGACUUGAAUUUUCCUUUUUUAAUAAGCCUUGUAAAGAAUUAGCAAUAUGUCUUUUAGGAAAAAUUUUCGUUCGUCAAUUGGAAAAUGGAACAAUUUUGAAGGGUCGAAUUGUUGAAACUGAGUGUUAUAUUGGAGCUGUAGAUAAAGCUUCUAUAACUUAUGAUUAUCGUAUUUCGAGUAGAACUUUGCCCUUGUAUAUGCCACCAGGAACCAUUUAUGUUUACUCUACUUAUGGAAUGUAUCAUUGUUUGAAUAUUUCUAGCCAAGGUGAUGGAUGUGCAGUUCUCAUCCGAGCUAUAGAACCUAUUGAAGGUUUUGAGCAAAUGUCAGACAAUCGUAACAUGCGAACGAAAUCAUUAAAAAGGGCUAAAAAAGAAUUUAAAAUACACGAGCUAUGCAAUGGCCCAGCAAAACUUUGUAUGGCUUACUCGUUAACGAAAGUGCACAGUAAAUAUUCACUAUGUUCUUGGAGAGGAUUGUGGAUUGAAAACGAUAAUUCAAGUCAAGAAAAGUUUCAAGUAGUUCAUUGCAAGAGAAUAGGAAUUGAAAAAUGUGAUCCUACUUGGGCAAAUAAGCCUUUACGCUUUUAUAUUUAUAAUAAUAUCUCUGUUACCAAACAGGACAAAGAAGUUGAAAAACAGUUUUUAACUACUAAUUAGUAUUCAAUACAUAUUUAAAUAUAAUAUACAGUAGAACUUCGGUUAUCCGAGACAUAUAACUCCGGGUUAUAUGAGGUAUCGAGCACUACUCGGAUUUAUGUUCGUUGCAUUUCAACUUUUUUGUAUUUUUGUCGAUUAAUAUUCUAACACUUUAAACACAUAAAAAAUAAUUUAAAUUUUUUA